CUCAAGCAUUGUCGUCUGUGACAACUUUCUUGUUGAGGACUCGUGAAAAUAUUGACUUGCAUGAUCCUGUUCUGGCUUUCCUGACGAUUAAUUUCAAGACCUGCAACAAUUACCACCGCAAUCUCUACAACGUACGAAGUGACAUACGAGAAGCGACAGAAYAAAGCACUCCAGCUCGUCAACAGAACACAUAUGCUGCGAGAGGGAGUCGGAAAAUAAUUGGAUACGAACGAUUGAUCAAWACCACUCGUUACUGCAAACGAACAAUUCUGCAAGCUAUCUGUGUCCUGUCACAAAUAUGCUAUCGAUUGCUUCCAAACGCACCAUUCCAGUGGCAAGAUCCGUACGGGGUCUUCGGACGCCUGGAAAAGAACGGCGUGCCAGAUUGGCAACCUCAACUGCGUCGGCCUCGCAGAGUGCCAACAACAAUCGCCGCGUCGUUUCCCGCCGUGCAUGGCUCGAGAUCAAAGAAUCACGAGGGAUCAAGCGGAAACCCCCCGACCCAUCGAAACGGCCACUCUCGGCCGACGAAAAACCGUGGCCGAGAAACCUGCAGAUCGCGGGGUACGCUGCCAGCGCAGUGGCUGUCCCAUACAUCAUCCUAUGGACGAUCACGUCGAAUCCCACUCUGCGUGAGUGGUUUGGUCCGUAUAUGCCCCUAGAAAAGUUGCGAAUUUAUUUUGGAACGCUGGAGUGGGACGCCCAGAGCUAUACCGACCAGAUGGAAGACGCGAAGAAGAAAUUAAAGGAAGGAAAAGCUCCCGACUCCGUCGACGAAUCAUUGAUCGGAUACUACCAAUUUCCCGAAGAAGAACCAUUUCACGUACGAGAGCAACAAAAAGCUAUCGAGACAUUGAACGAGUCGGAUCUAGUCGUUACGAUGUCUGCGUCGYCCUCGUCGUCUCUGCAAAUCGAGGAUGUUGUCACAAAGUCCGUUGCCGCGAAAACGAUUGCAAACRAAAAGAAUUUGUCAGAGCUGUUCUAUUCUAGUUCGGCAUCCACGCAAUCUGAUAAUACGGCGGUGGCGGUGGAUUUUCUGGACCAGAACAACUUAGAGGACACAGUCAACAAGAGCAACGCCGAAAUGAGACAGCCACUUUCUGGUGGUUCCUUGAUGACAGAUGUGGAGUCCAUKGCAAGCAACUAUGGAACAUCCGAUUCGUCGUCGGCAAGCCAGCGAUUGGCUCGGGACACCCAGGUUGCUUCGAAAUGGACCUAUACCCAAUCGCAGCAGCAGGCCUCCGGCAAACCUUCACAAGAAGGUAUAUCGGGCGCUUCCAGUAUCUCUCAACUGACGGAUGUAGAAAUGAGAAUGGGGCAAUUGGAGCACAACAUUUCUGAAUUGGAAGCAAGUUUGAGAGAUCCCAAUAGCACUCGAGCCAUCGAUGAUAUGACCACAGAUUUGCGCAACGCUAAAAGAGAAUUAUCGAAGUUGAGGUGGAAACGGCGAUUCGGAUUGGUUUGAGAACGAAAGCGAAAUACAUUUUAGUAGGAGUUGAUGACAAAUUUUAGACGAACGKUGGAUCUGACUGUUGCGCACAUCAGACUGAUCAUGUUUAMCAGUUAUGGAAUUCCUUAUUAUGAAGACGAGCAUCUUCAUAAGAAAAAUGCUUGAUACAUAAAACAAGCAUGUGGGUGCUGUCUAGACUAGUCAAGGCCAAUUAGUUUUUUAUUUCCCCUCUARAAUAAUCCAAAGAACACGGUUUAUUUGCCAGGACCAUCGCUUUUGUAUAUGUUCUUUUUGUUCAUUCCCGCUGUYGGACCGCCGAUGGCCUGCAGUUUACAUUUGUAUUCUUCGGCAGUCCUAUAAUCUGGCCCUAUGGUCCAUUCCAGACCCGGAUUUUCCACUUGCCGUCGCAAUCCAUUUUCUUUUGUCGCCGAAAAUGAGGAAAUGGUUGACACACGUUCCAAGCGAUAAGGAACUUCGCGUUGGUUUCCAUAGAUAAAGCCCCCCUUGAUAGGGUCGAAUCCGCGAUCGUUGAUGUAAAAGACGUUUCUGUACAAUGACAGUUGAUCUAUGAUCCGAAUCUGCAAUCCCGGAACAAUGGUCGAGUUGACAAUGGUAGGGCCGUGAAUCAUAAUAGCAUGUAAGGAAGUCGUCAAGCCCUCGUCGUCUUUCUCAGGUGCAUUUGUCAAGUAGGAAUGCUGAACGGGAUCUUGUUCGAAGGACCAGGAAAUCUCACACUUAUUCAAUAAGGAAACUUUUGGUUGAUYUUCAACCUCGGGUUUGAAGUUCUCAAAARUGCUCGGCCAGCUGAGUGGAUCGUUCGCUUGUGAUUUCAAAAUCCUUUCUAGAUCCGGAUGCAAUGUAUUCAAAUACAUCUCAACCGCCUCAUCAUUUGUAGGCGAUGAAAUCAAUUCAUAGUAUCGAAAGCGGAAUAUCCGAUCGGGGUUUCCGUCGAAGAAAAAAGCUGCUAACCGUGUUUUUUCCGUCAAAGGUACGAGUGUGCAGUGAAAGUGUUCGUGUCCUCCGCCCUCUCUCGGACUGAGACCCAGUUUUCGGUCCUCGACUACUUGUGCAUAAUUGUCGAAGUCGCCCUGGAAGCAUUCGGAAAGGUGUUGCCAAACAAGUUGGCGUCGUCCUUGAGCGGUACUGACACUUUUGCAAUCUUUGACGCUAUAAAUGUCAUCGGUCUGG